ACCGCAUUUGUUGAGCAGUGCUCCCCAGAUUUGCAGCUCUCCCCAGGAAGACCUGAGAACAAUUACAAGUGUGUCACCUGGACAAAAUGUAAAACUUCGCUGUCAGACUAUCCUAUCCCUGGUAUUUAUGAGCCGCCAUUUCUUGUAUUAUUGUGGUGAACCUACUCUGGAUGUGAAGAUUGCCUUUUGUCAGGGAUUUGGGAAACAAGUGGAUGUGUCGUAUAUUGCCAAACAUUACAACAUGAGCAAAAGCAAAGUUGACAACCAGUUCUACAGCGUGGAAGUAGGUGACUCGACCUUCACAGUCCUCAAACGCUACCAGAACUUGAAACCUAUUGGCUCUGGGGCUCAGGGAAUAGUUUGUGCUGCAUAUGAUGCCGUCCUUGACAGAAACGUGGCCAUUAAGAAGCUCAGCAGACCAUUUCAGAACCAAACUCAUGCCAAGCGAGCUUACAGGGAGCUGGUCCUCAUGAAGUGUGUGAAUCAUAAAAAUAUUAUAAGUUUAUUAAAUGUCUUCACACCACAGAAAUCUCUGGAGGAGUUCCAGGAUGUCUACCUGGUAAUGGAAUUAAUGGAUGCCAACCUGUGCCAGGUCAUUCAGAUGGAGCUGGACCAUGAGCGAAUGUCUUACCUUCUGUACCAAAUGCUCUGUGGAAUCAAGCAUCUUCACUCUGCAGGGAUUAUUCACAGGGAUUUAAAACCAAGUAACAUUGUAGUAAAAUCUGACUGCACGUUGAAGAUCCUGGAUUUUGGACUGGCCAGGACUGCAGGCACUAGCUUCAUGAUGACCCCGUAUGUGGUGACACGUUACUACAGAGCACCAGAGGUCAUCCUAGGAAUGGGCUACAAGGAGAACGUUGACAUGUGGUCAGUAGGGUGCAUCAUGGGAGAAAUGAUUAAAGGUGCUGUGUUGUUUCCUGGCACUGAUCAUAUUGAUCAGUGGAAUAAAGUUAUUGAGCAGCUGGGAACACCCUGUCCAGAAUUCAUGAAGAAGCUGCAGCCAACAGUACGGAACUACGUUGAGAACAGACCCAAGUAUGCUGGCCUCACUUUCCCCAAACUUUUUCCAGACUCUCUCUUCCCAGCGGACUCAGAACACAACAAACUCAAAGCCAGCCAAGCCAGGGACCUCUUAUCAAAGAUGCUGGUCAUUGAUCCUGCCAAGAGGAUAUCAGUAGAUGAAGCCUUACAGCAUCCAUACAUUAAUGUCUGGUACGACCCAGCAGAGGUGGAGGCGCCUCCUCCUCAGAUAUAUGAUAAACAGCUGGAUGAAAGGGAACAUACAAUCGAGGAAUGGAAAGAACUCAUCUACAAAGAAGUAAUGAAUUCUGAAGAAAAGACUAAAAAUGGCGUAGUAAAAGGACAGCCUUCUCCUUCAGGUGCAGCAGUGAACAGCAGUGAGAGCCUCCCUCCAUCCUCAUCUGUCAACGACAUCUCAUCCAUGUCCACGGAUCAAACCCUGGCGUCUGACACGGACAGCAGCCUGGAAGCUUCUGCGGGACCCCUCGGUUGUUGCAGGUGA